CUUACCGGAAGUGGCGCUCUGGUGCAACGCUGUCACAGUCUCGUCCUGCUACAGCAGACUCGCGGUGUUGGGUCCGCCGAAAAUGGAGUCGAUCAGGAACCUGGCGGAAAAUCUAAGAGUAGUGCUGGGGAAGCUUCGAGAUGGAGAACCCAGAGAGAGUGAGAAAUUCAAUGCACAGCAUUUCUGGGGAACACUGGGACAUUCAAUUAAAGCAACAUCUCAAGAAGCGACAAAGCUGAGUUUGGCUUUUUUGAAACCACCUCUGCCUUCAGAAGAGGGCAGCCAGAAGCUAUGUGAUGGACUUCUCAAUGCUAUCUUAGCAGAUGCCACUGUGUACUAUUCUCUCCCAAAGGAACAAGGUAUCACCUUGCGUAAAACAGUGCGAGAGGCCGUGGCAGACAUUAUAGAGGGUACCAUCCAACUUGCAGAAGUCAUCCUAAGCUCCCGUAUUCAGAGUCUGUCACAGGCACAGCUGGUAUCCACAGGCAGUGUAUGGGAGGCAUGUGACCAGUGGGAAAAACUUCCUAAAGAUAACCUUGCUGCAGUGCAGGUGACAGUAUCAGGGUACCUAGAUGUUGUUAAGGAUGCCAUAGAGGAAGUGGAACAGGCUCAAGCAGAUGGGGAGGAUCCAUUCAGCGAUAUCCCAGAGGAUGAUGAGGUUGGUGCACGUGGAAAUCAGGACACAUAUUGGUCAGAGGAAGAUCGUAGGCUCAUGGCUCCCUGCCUUGGCCUCAUGAAAGCAUCCAAAGCCUGCCUGAAAAAAAUUCUUGGGGCCAUAAAAGCUCAUGGGAAAGCCGACACAGCAGAGCAUGUGGCCCAGCUAGAUGACCUGGUGGAUGUCACUCUGGAGGUCAGCCCUAGUGUUGAUGAGCUGGCACUGAGCUUGUACCCUCCAAUGAACCAUGCAACUGUACGCCUUAAUGCUGCAAAGUUAUCUUCUGUACUGAAAAAAGUUUUCAGCAUCACAAGGUCCAGCCAUGUUUGUCCUGACACAGAGUCAGCCUGGGUUCAGUUCCUUGAUAGCGCUGUUGACCACAAUAUGGAGAAGACAAAGAACUUGACGCAGGGAGCCCUCUGAAACAUUUAAAUGUACUUUUUAAGUGAUACACUUACAUUGCCGUCUGGAUUUGUUGCUUUGUGGUCCUGAUGUAAAGUGAACAUUUACUGCUGCGAAAGGAACAAAUAUACAUGUGCCCUACCUUCUUAGGGAACAAGAACUACUGACUGGCAGAAAUGACUUUAGAAUUUAAUGAUGGAUCAGCUAAACCUAUAAAGCUUCCCUGCUUGAAUAUUAGUCAUGGUGCCCGAUGGAAUGGUCUCUAGUUCCAAUCAAUGCAAUCCAGUUUGUUUGCCUUAUAUGCAAUGACAUGAAUAGUAGAGCAAAACAGAAGGCCAGGGUUCUCAUGUACGGCAGAGAAACUGAACAUUCUGUAUUUGCCAAAGAACCUGCUAGGAGGGUUCAUGCCGAGGUGGCUUGGGCUUUAUCAUAUAUGACUCAGAAUUAUAGCUUUAUAUUUUCCAGC